CGGCCAAGGCAGUCGCUGAGUGUGGGGCCUUCUUAGGGCCCGGGACGCGCCCGUGGGUACCAGGGGACGUCCAUAGGGCCUGGAUCGCGCCUGUGUCAGCCUUCCAUCGCAUUGCUGAACUCGGACGUGUCUGCAGGCGCUGUAGAUGGUUUUUAUGUGCGACCAUAGGCUAGGGUCUGUUGAGAGGCUUUUGGGGCCAUCUUGAGAUCUUGAUGUGUGUCCCAAGAGUGAAGGGGUCUGCAGAGCCACCUAGAUCGCUGGGCCUCAAUCAAGACAUCCGCCAGUCUGAAGGAUGCUCUUUCAACCACCUGACUGGGCACUCAAAGCUCAAAAGUCCCGUGACAUCACCGAGGCUUUGGCCAUGCUUCCACAGGACAGGCAGCUGGGUGAUAGGUGACCAUGGAGGAGGACGAUGAGUCUCGAGGUAAAGCAGAAGAAUCGGGAGAGGAUCGGGGAGAUGGUCCACCUGACAGAGAUUCUGCCCUUUCUCCUUCUGCCUUUAUCCUGCGGGCCAUUCAGCAGGCUGUGGGAAGCUCCCUGCAGGGGGACCUGCCUAAUGAAAAAGAUGGCUCUAGGUGUCGCGGCCUUCGAUGGAGGCGCUGCUGCCGGAGUCCACGAUCAGAGCCUCGCUCACAGGAGUCAGGGGGUGCUGACACAGCCACUGUAUUGGACACAGCUGCAGACAGCUUUCUUGUGGGCCUGGUGAACAUCCUGGAUCCACCGGAUACCUGGGUCCCCAGCCGCCUGGACCUUCGACCUGGCGAAAGUGAGGACAUGCUUGAGCUGGUGGCUGAGGUCCGCAUCGGUGACAGGGACCCCAUGCCUCUACCUGUGCCCAGCCUUCUGCCCCGCCUCAGGGCCUGGAGGACAGGAAAAACGGUUUCUCCACAGUCUCACGCUUCCCGCAUCUCAGAGACUCUGGCGGGCAUCUACGAUGACAACAGCUUGAGCCAGGACUUUCCAGGUGACGACAGUCCCCGUCCGGAGCCCCCACCCCUGCAGACGCUGGGAGCCCCAGGGACACCACCACAGGCCGACUCCACGCGGGUGGAAGGGGCCCCGCGCCGCAGGGUCUUCGUGGUGGGACCUGAGGUUGAGGCCUGUCUUGAGGGCAAGGUGUCGGUGGAAGUAGUCACAGGUGGCAGGCCCUCGCGGCGUGAGCGACACCGGGGCAAGCGCCGCGAGGGGGGCAAGAAAAAGAAGAAGCGAUCGCGCUCACGGGCCGAGAAGCGCGCUGGGGAUGUGGAGAAGUUGCCUGCGCCUGUGCCACCCUCAGGGUCUGACCGUGACAGCCGGCGCCGCGGGGCCGUGCCGCCCUCUAUCCAGGACCUCACAGACCAUGACCUGUUUGCUAUCAAGCGGACCAUCACAGUGGGCCGCCCAGACAAGGCAGAGCCGCGAGCACCUUCACCAGCACCCGCCAUGUCCCCAAAGCGGGAGGUUCUGUAUGACUCUGAGGGUCUGAGUGCAGAUGAGCGUGGUGGCAAGAGCGACAAGGACCGGAGGCGGUCAGGGGCUGCGUCCUCAUCCUCGUCUUCAAGGGAGAAAGGGUCUCGACGGAAGGCCCUUGAUGGGGGCGACCGGGGCCGAGACAGGGACAGGUCAUCCAAGAAAACGCGGCCACCUAAGGACUCAGCACCUGGCUCAGGGCCACUGCCCAAGCCCCCGCUAAGCAGCGGCUCCUCAUCUUCAUCGUCAUCCUGCUCCUCCCGAAAGGUGAAACUGCAGUCCAAGGUGGCUGUGCUCAUCCGAGAGGGUGUCAGUAGUACCACCCCUGCCAAGGAUUCCUCGUCUUCAGGCCUGGGCUCCAUCGGGGUCAAGUUCAGCCGAGACCGUGAGAGCCGCUCGCCAUUCCUCAAGCCAGAUGAGCGGGCUCCUUCAGAGGUGGCCAAGGUGGCCCCGGGCAGCGCCAAGCCCAAAAAGACCAAGGCCAAGGCCAAGGCCGGAGCCAAGAAAGCCAAGGGGACCAAAGGAAAGACCAAGCCGUCGAAGACCCGGAAGAAGAUCCGCAGUGGAGGCAGUAGCACAGCUGGUGGGCCAGGUUCACUGAAGAAGUCCAAGGCCGACAGCUGCAGCCAGGCAGCCAGCGCCAAGGGGACCGAGGAAACAUGGUCUGGGGAGGAGCGGACCACCAAGGCCCCCAGUACUCCACCACCUAAGGUAGCUCCGCCUCCACCCGCACUCACCCCGGACUCCCAGACAGUGGACAGCAGCUGCAAGACUCCUGAAGUCUCCUUCCUGCCAGAGGAAGCCACUGAGGACCCUGGGGUCCGAGUAGGGGCAGAGGAGGAGGAGGAGGAGGAGGAGGAAGAGGAGGAGGAGCAACAGCCUGCUACUACCACAGCCACCAGCACCGCCGCAGCCGCCCCAAGCACUGCCCCCAGUGCGGGCUCUACAGCUGGAGACUCUGGCGCCGAGGAUGGGCCAGCUUCUAGGGUCUCCCAGCUGCCCACGCUACCCCCACCCAUGCCCUGGAACCUGCCUGCUGGUGUGGACUGCACUACCAGUGGUGUCCUGGCCUUGACUGCACUGCUGUUCAAGAUGGAAGAGGCCAACCUGGCCAGCCGAGCAAAGGCCCAGGAGCUGAUCCAGGCCACCAACCAGAUCCUCAGCCAUCGGAAGCCACCCUCCACUCUGGGGGUGAACCCAGCUCCUGUGCCCACUUCUUUGGGCCUGCCCCCAGGCCCUUCCAGCUACCUGCUUCCUGGCAGCCUCCCCAUAGGAGGCUGUGGCUCCCCCCCUCCUACUCCCACUGGGCUGGCCCCUGCAUCUGACAAGAGAGAGGGCAGCAGCAGUUCAGAGGGACGUGGGGACACUGACAAGUAUCUGAAGAAGCUGCACACGCAGGAGCGGGCGGUGGAGGAGGUGAAGCUGGCCAUCAAGCCCUACUACCAGAAGAAAGACAUCACCAAGGAGGAGUACAAGGACAUCCUGAGGAAGGCUGUCCACAAGAUCUGCCACAGCAAAAGCGGGGAGAUCAACCCUGUCAAGGUGGGCAACCUGGUGAGGGCCUACGUCCAGCGCUACCGCUACUUCCGCAAGCACGGGCGCAAGCCGGGGGACCCCCCAGGACCCCCUCGACCACCCAAGGAGCCAGGGCCCCCAGACAAGGGUGGCCCAGGCCUGCCCCUGCCCCCUCUCUGAGACUUCAUACCCUGUUCCUGCGCCUCUGAGACUCUGGACAUAUUUAUGGCUCCACUUCCCCACUAAACCCCCCUCCCCUAGUGGGAUGAUGGGGUCGUUGUGAGGAAGAGGAGAGCCCCCACCCAGCCCUGCCCCUACCCGUUAUCCUGGCCCCUUAGCCUAUCCCAAGGCCUCAGCCCUUCUGUCAUGCCCCCUCCAAUUUCAUUAAAGAUUUCAUGAAAUAUA